AUGAAGCGGCGGCGCGGCUGCUGCGGCUGUGCCAUCUCUCCCAUGGCCAUGCCCCGUCUGGCCUUAUGGGCGUGGACAGGGAGACGCCGGUCGCCCGUCGCCGGAGGUGAAGAAGAAGAGGCGCAGUUCGUAAACACCACUCACCACUUCGAUCUUCGACCCAGUGAAUCUAGAUAUGCGUUCCUAUUCGGCUAUUCCUAAGCCAUGAAGGCUAAGAAGGAAUCCCUCGUUGCCUCCCUGGAGCGCACCAUCUGCGACCGCGCGCGGUCGAGGAGCCUGGGCCCGCGCGACGCGCUCCGCCUAUUCGACAAACUUCUCCGUCAACCACGGCCCAGGCCCGGCUCAGCCACCGCCUUCAAUCACCUCCUCGCCACCUUCGCCUACGGCAGCAACGAUGGCGUUGCGCGGGCCGUCUCCCUCUUCGGCCGCAUGGCCGGAGCGGGCGCUGCGGUGCCUGACGCGCGCACCUACAGCAUCCUCAUCGCCAGCUGCUGCCGCGCGGGCCGGGUGGACCUCGCGUUCUCCCCGCUUGCCGCCGCUCUCAAGGCGGGUCUGAGGUUGGCGGCCAAGUCCUUCACCCCGCUCCUCAAGGGGCUAUGCUGCGAGCGGCGGGUGGCGGAGGCUGUGGACGUAGCUCGCCGCAUGAUGCCCGAGCUGGGAUGUGCGCCCAACGCCUUCUCCCACUCCGCCGUCCUCAAGGGGCUGUGCGACGACGGGCGGAGCUUAGAGGCGCUCGAGCUGCUCCGCACGUUGGUGAGGAACAGAGAUGAAAUUGGCGUGGUGGCGUACACCAUUGUCAUCAGAGGCCUCUUCAAGGAAGAUAAAGUGGAAGAAGCCGUCAAGCUGUUCGAUGAAAUGCGUAACCAGGGGGUUUCACCUAAUGUGGUGACGUACCUCUCGAUCAUCGACAAACUGUGCAAGGUUGGAUCAGUUGACAAGGCCAAGGGGGUCCUUCAACGGAUGGUCGCUGAAGGUGUUGCCCCAAAUUGUGCUGUGUAUAGUAGCCUGAUCAAUGGGUACGCCAUAUCAGGACAGUGGAAAGGGGCUGUUAUGAUGUUAAAACAGAUGAUUGGCAAGGGUAUUAAACCACAUGUCAUCACUUACACUUCAUUAAUCAGGGCUCUGUGCAAGCACAGAAAAUGCAAUGAAGCUAGGAAAGUUUUUGAUUAUUUAAUCAAGAGUGGUGAAAAGACUGAUGUUACCACCUAUGGCAUUCUGCUUCAUGGGUAUGCCUUUCAUGGAUCUCUUGCUGAUGUGCAAAACAUAUUGGAGAUGAUGUUAAGGAAUGGUAUUGAGCCUAAUGAAUAUGUGUUUGCCAGUUUGCUAUUUGCAUAUGCUGUUCAUGGAAGUGCUGACAAAGCAAUGCUUGUGCUUACUGAUAUGCGGAAGCAAGGAUUUAGCCUUAAUGUGGUUCACUAUGGAACAAUAAUAAAUGUUCUGUGCAAAGCAGGCAGGAUGGAGGAUGCUAUGUCCCAAUUCAAUAAGAUGAUUCAUGAAGGAGUGCAUCCUAACUGUAUUGCCUAUGCUUUCUUGGUCCAGGGUUUUUGCACAUGUGGCAAUUGGAAGAAAGCAAAGGAAUUAGUUUUUGACAUGAUACAGAGAGGUGUUCAUCCUGAAGCCAGACGUUUUACUUUAGUCAUACGGAAUCUAUGCAGUGAGGGGAGGCUUAAAGAAUCCCAAAAACUCUUCAACCUAUUUGUGGGUGUAGGUGGGAAACCUGACAUUUUUAUGUAUGGUACACUCAUAAAUGGGUAUUGCUUAUCUUGGAAAAUGGAAGAGGCGAUGACAUUGUUUGAUGCUUUUGUCUCUAAUGGCUUUAAACCCAAUUCUGUCAUCUAUGGUGCUCUAAUUAAUGGUUAUUUUAAAAUUGGGAGGAUAGAUGAUGCAUUAACUCUGUUCAGAGGAAUGUUGAGCAAGGAAAUUAAGCCAACUGUUAUCACAUAUGGCAUUAUACUGGAUGGGCUGUUUAAAGCUGGUAGAACUACUGCUGCAUUGGAGCAAUAUCACAAGAUGAUUGAAAGUGGAGUGAAGUUUGAUUUCAUUAUCUAUAAUACAAUUCUAGGAGGACUUUGUAAGAAUAAUCUUGCUGGUCAAGCACUCGUCAUAUUUCAAGAACUACUUUCUAUGAAUUUUCAUCUUGAGAUUCUUACUUACUACAUUAUGAUUGAUGGCUUGCUUUGUGCUGGUAAAAGGAAAGAAGCCAAGGAUGUUUUUACUGCAAUAUCAACCAAUGGUUUGGAACCUGAUGCUAGCAUAUACAGAUUAAUGAUAACAGCUCUUAUAGAAGAUGGGUUAUUAGAAGAGGCUGAUGAGCUGUUCUUAUCAAUGGAGAACAAUGGUCAUGAUGCUGACUCACGUAUGCUAAAUGAUAUUGUUAGGAUAUUAUUGGAAAAAGGGGUGGUGCUCAAGGCUGGAACUUACCUCUUGAAGAUUGAUGAGAAGAAUUUCUCCCUUUAUUCUUCCACCACUCAAGCUCUGAUAUCUCUUUUCUCAGAUGGUAAGCAUGAGGAGCAGAAAAAGUUUCUUCCUGAGAAAUAUCACUAUUUCAGCGAAGACUGAAUGGCUGGAAUAUUUUAUCUGCAACUGAAUCCUACUUGGACACCCCAGACAGGGAUCCAAGAAAGGGUGGACAAGGUGUCUGACUAAUUGCUAAUGCGAUGAUCUCACCUGAACCAGGGGCCGUGCGGAUUCCUUUUUGUACUGAUCAGCAAUGCAAAUGCUAGGGCAUGUCUUCUCUGGCCCACCAGACAAGGUGAGAAGGGGUUAUGAUUGAGCUCCUGAACAAGAGGAGAGCCCUGGUCGGGUUCUAGAGUUGCUUGUUCUGAGGAAAAGUGAGCAUGGGAUUAUAAAUUGUGCUCCAUUGCCUGAACUCUAAUAUUUGCAGGAGGUGCUCCUGUCUUGUGUCUGUUGCCGUCUACUGGUCACGCUCUCGCAAAUAUACGUCUUGUGAGCAGCAUCAAUCAUUUCAGUAAGAUUUCGUGUUGGGUGACCAGAAAACGGUGCUGCUGUAGUUGAGAAAUUCAGACGGUCGAUGUAUACUGUUAAUGGCUGAUGCUGUAUUUGUUCAGGUCAGUCAUGUACAUGCUAGUGCAGUGUGCAGAGCGCCAGGGUCCUUCAGCCCCUUCACGCCUAGAGAUUCUCUUCUUCUUCCCUCACGUUUAUAUGUCGCAAGUGUACCUUUUUUUUUUGAAAAGAUAUGUCGCAAUUGUACCUCAUCAGCUGCUGAAAUGUCAUGUCUCAGUUAACACCUGAGACAUCUAAGAAGGGAAUUUUCUUCAGUAAUGUUUGCAGGUUACC